AUGAGAGACAACAGUAGAGUUAUGCUUCGAAGCGCUUUUGCGAGCAUUGUUAUCAUUGGUCUCGUGUUUACCAUUGGAAUACCGAUUCUUUAUGAUGGUUUCUCCGGAGACGAUUGCCAGAUAACUCCCUGCACAAACGAUCCGUGUCAGAAUGGCGGAACCUGCUCGUUUUCAGGAAACAACCAUCAAUGCUCAUGUAAAGAUGGUUUCUCCGGAGAUUCUUGCCAGAUAACUCCUUGCUCUGAGGAUCCAUGUGAUCAUGGGUCCUGUGAGAUUGAUGGAGGAGAGUUUUUGUGCAACUGCGAAGGGGGUUUUUCUGGAAAACACUGCGAGAUCGACCCCUGUUCUUCGAAUAUUUGCCAGAAUGGUGGAACCUGCUUUUUCAAUGAAACUGAUGACUCAUACUUUUGCUCCUGCAGAGAAAAUUUUGCCGGGGUUCAUUGCGAGAUCGAUCAGUGUUCUGACAAUCCAUGCCAAAACGGUGGAAAAUGCAUUUUAAUCGGAACUGAUCUCGAAUUUAAAUGCAAAUGCCCGCGCGGUUUCUCUGGAGAGACAUGCGAAGACAGCGUUUGCGACUCUGAUCCUUGCGAAUACGGAGAAUGUACGGUAAAUGACCGGAACAAGACGAGUUCUCUCAGAGGACCAGCAUUUUCUUGUGAAUGCCCAACUGAUAUGUUCGGAGGCCAUUUGUGUCAAAUAACACCAUGCGAAAUCAACGAAAGCGACCAAAGUAAACCUCCAGCAUGCUUCAAUGAUGGAGUUUGCUCAAUGGACGGAGACGACUUCACAUGCGAAUGUCCCCAGUUCUACUCCGGCGAACGCUGUGAGAUUUACCCUUGCAUGGACUUUCCUUGUGAAAACGGUGGUGCUUGCGAAGUCACUGGGGAAGACAGCUUUACUUGUCACUGCCCUGAUGACGUUACUGGGGUGUUUUGUGAAGGGCUACCUGGAAUAACGAACGGUUGUUUUGAACUUGACUGCGAUGGCGUCUGUGUUGAGAUGACAGAUGGACCAAAAUGCUUUGGAAACUCACUGUUUGGAUUUAUUAACAAUAAUGAUUAUGAGUACUCGAUGACUUGUGGAGCUUCUCAUGCUCCAACAAUGAACGCGACGCCGGAACAAGAAAUUCAUCAUCUCGAAAUCGUUCCCACCUUCAAAAAGAACGAAUACUUUAUCAACACUCAUGGGUGUGGUAACACGGGAAAUUGCAGAGCUAGCUUCCCAGAAGAUGAACUACCCAGAGGUGGAUGGGUAUUGCAUCAGGAAAUGGGCAGAUUCGGAUUUUUGCAAACAUGGCUUCUCACUGAGCAUUGUGAUGGGAACAAAAGAAAGGUUCAAUGUAGAUUUAUGCUUAUUCUUUUGAAGUUCAAAAGUUUUGAACGGUUUUUAAAGGAGAACGACUGCUUUUGGACAAUCAAAGAUAACAAAGGGCUCAAUUUGGCUUGGAGAGCAAAAGAAGUUCUUAUUCAGCCGAUUGAAUUGGUUCCAUUUGUCGAAGAUGAUGAACGCUUCAGAUGGACUCUUAUCUCAAAUGCAACCGUGCAACCCAUGAAAUAA